AUGAGGGGAAAAGGUCAAAUAUUACCGGCUGGGGCAACAAUCAUAAGCUAUUGAAGAGGGCAAUUUUCAAUAAAUUUGAUAAAGGAUGAAUGAGAAGUGAUUUGCUCGAAGCCAAAAAGAAAGUCCUACAAAUUCAAUGAUGGACUAUUUGCGAGGGACUUUUGUUUCUGAUUGGUGCAAAAAGCAAUCCAUUACUGAAACAGAAUUAUUUUGACUCAAAGGAUUGAAGCACCACCAGAAACUCAACCAGAAGGUCCAAUUUAUUAUGAAGGUUGAAUUGUGGAUUGUUAUCGCUUUGGAAUGUCCUUAAAUGAAAGACCUCUUCAAGGAAUUGAAAGUGAUAUGUGUUUUGAGUGUGCAGUUAUUGCAGCUGCAAUCGGAAUGAAUAGGACCAUUCCGGUUGAUAUUUUCAGAAAAAAUAACCUUGGAAAGAAUCAGUUGGAUCUUGUUAUGAGCAGGAUGGGUGUGCAGUGCAGAAAUCUUAAGCAGAAAAACCUAAACUCUGAACUCAAUCUAAAGAAAAUCAUCUCAUCUUGAAGCUGGAUCAAGAUAAAGGACCGCCUCAUAUUUGCUAUUGCGUGAAGAAUGGAUGUGAGCCUGCUCAAAUUUUUAAUUCGUGGAGAAUGAAGCCUUGCCAAGCUAAAACUUUGAGGUUGAAAGAUACCAUUGAGUUGAAGGAUUGUGCAGGAUCAAGAAGCCAAUUCUUCUUAA